AUGGAAACAUCACAGAUCUCAAUGGAUAGGCAAGGAUAUGUUACUGGAUACAAUCUCACGCUCAAGAAUAGUUGUGUGGGAUUGUCAACAGGUAUUGAUGAUGUUACAGAUCCCGAAAUUCGAUCGAAUAUUAAUCCUGCCAAUUAUCAGAUCAAGCAAACCUUGAUCAACGGGGUGUACAUCAAAGAUGAUAAGAGUGUGACGGAAGCGAUAUCUGAUUUGGUGAGUUUAGGGUUUACAUUCAAUGAUAUUGUCGAGCGUAGUGGAGUGAGCGUACCGUACUUGAUAAAAUGUUUUGAAUAUUUGAAAUUGCCAAUGAUGAUUCCAAAGCCAAUACCAUCACCACCAGCACCAACAACAACAACAACAACAACAACAACAACAACAACAGUGAUAGAAACGACGCGAAAGAGAACAGCAGAUGAGUUUUCAGGCGAUAAUGAAGCUAUUUUUGUUAAAGGACCCGGAAUGAAGAUGGAGGAAGAUGGGUUGUUUGAACAUGCCCAGCAUGAUGAUGAUGAUGAUGAUCAUCAUCAUCACAAGCGGAAAAUGAUCUCUGGAAGUUUGGGAUCAAAAGUAUGGUUGUCACAGUUGGUGUUGGAAGAAUCAUCGUCGGAAGAUGAAAAUGAUACGGAUGGUAUGGGAAAGAAUGUGUUAUUUAUGAAAAGAGAAAACUCAUUGAAAGAUAAGGAUGUUCAUGAAACCUUAAAGAACAAUACAAAGAAAAUUGAGGAGUUGAAAAGAAAGAUUCAAGAACAUAAAGAAAAACAAAGAUUGCAACAGCAACAACAACAAGACAAGGUAAAAGAAAAAGAAGACAAUGAAAGUUUGGCAAAACAAAGUACCAAGAUAUCCAUCAAAGAUAUCAAUGAAAGUAUAAUAACUAAACAAGCUUUUGUGCAACGAAUAGAGGGAAUGGCCAAAGAUUGCUAUUCAAGAAUCCAACUGCAUGAUGAUGAAAUUAAAAAAUUGAAAGAUCGACUAGAAACUUGCCAGAAAGCACUUGAUAAGGAUAAAAAGGCGUUUUCAUUUUAUAAUAAAAAGAUUACUGACAUGAAAACAGAUAUUAAGGAUCUUAAUGAUGAGAAAAUAAAGAGGGAGAAACUACUAUUAAUUGAGCAGAAUGUGAAUAUAGAACAACAUACACCACCAGUCAUGGAACACCAACUAAUUGGAGUGGAGAAAAAUGUGGAAAAUCGUAUAAAGACAGAUGAUCAAUUAUUGAUUGCAAAAAAUACCCCGGCUGCGGGUAUGGUGGUGAAUAAAGUGGUUCCUAACGAUAAUGUAAUUGAGUUGCCUGUGGAAAAAGAUAGUGAACUUGUUGGAACAUCAGAGAUCAGUAGUAUAUCUAAUGGAUCACGAGUUGAAAUUCCUGAUCCACUGAUUGUUUCAGCUGAGGGUGAUAGAGAGGAUGCAACGAACUUGGGUAAGAAGGAGAAGAGCUUAUUUUCUCCUUUCAAGUCUUCAUUAACGGCAUUCAAAUCUUAUAGGUUCAGUCCGUCAUUUAAAAGUGACGCAAUUACCUCUGCCACCUGGAGUAACAAAAUUGAUUAUUCCAAAGCUUUUUGUCCUAGCGAGACGGCAGGUGGACGUUGCAAUGAUAGUGAGUGCACAUACCAGCAUUUCAAUAGUAUUCUGGUUUCAGAAUUAGAUAUCAUUCAAGAGAUUGCGAAAUGUUUUCCUGAUGAAAGUAAGGAAGCACAAAAUGCUUAUAAAAAAGAGUUGAAGAAUUAUUUGAUAUCUACUAACAAGGGAAAUGGUGAUAAUGUGAGUCUUUUGAAAUCAAUUAUUGAAUUUCGAAAUGGCAAGAUGUCAAAAGAUUCAUUUUUAGAUUGGUUACAAUUUAAUAAGUUGUCCAAAUAA